UCUUUCAUCCACAAAGAAGAAACCCCAACGGCCAUUUCACCAACCUCUGCUUUUCUGGGCCUCUAAAGUUUUGAAAGGAGAGAUUACUCUUCCUCUGCAUCUAUUGCUCUAAGAUUGGAUUUUUGUCCGGCCUUAGUGUGUUUUUCUUCUUUUAUAUUUUCAUUUGGGUUUUGUCCCACCUCUGUUUCCGAACCCCUACUUCUAAACUACUCCUCUGCAAGUUUGCAUUUUUGGACUUCUGGAGUUGCGUUAUUUCUAGUCGAAUCCGCCUAUCUAUGCCUAUUGACGCUGUUGCUUGAAAAGUUCAAUAUCAGGCCUGGUCUUGCUUCUGUGCGGUCUCAAAGUUGAAGAUCAAGGGCGUUAGAUCCCCACGAAUGGUGGGGUUGGAUCGGUGUUGCAGCCCAUGACAUUUACUGGACAGAUCUUGAACCCUUCAUAUAGGCACUUUAACUUUACCUCCUUUUGUAUCCGAUAAUUAAAAAUGUCACCUGAGAGCUCUCUGAAUGCUUACUUGUCAAAGAAGUAUUUGGGUCUGCAACUAUGGGUUUGGAUUUGUAUCGCCGUUGGUGCAUUCAUCUUAUUGGUUCUGUUUGUCUUAUCUAUAUGGGUCACGUCUCGGAGGAAAUCAAGGACCUUGGACAGGUUGUCACUUUCUCAAAUUCCCAGUGUCUCUAAGGAAAUCAAAGUUGACAGGGUUGGAGCUCAGAAUUUCCAUGAUCAAGGUGUUGUCCUUACCAUCCAUGAUAAGUCAAGUGACAAAGAUUCAGAGAAGAUGUUAGUUCAUUUGGGUAUGAGCAAAUCUAGUGAGGCAGAUAACCUCAGCCAGUGCAGCUCAGUUUAUCAGCUUGAGAAAGGUUGUAGCUCACAGUCAUGGGAAGAAGGAAGCUCUGGGGCUGCUCGCAAGCAGCCUUCAUAUGGAAUUGCAUCAGCUUCUCCUUUAGUUGGUCUUCCUGAAUUUUCACAUCUUGGUUGGGGUCAUUGGUUUACUCUUAGGGAUCUUGAAUUUGCAACAAAUCGGUUUGCGGUUGAGAAUGUUCUUGGGGAGGGUGGAUACGGUGUUGUUUACCAGGGCCGGUUGAUGAAUGGAACUGAGGUUGCAGUGAAGAAACUCCUUAACAAUCUGGGGCAGGCAGAGAAGGAAUUCAGGGUUGAAGUGGAAGCUAUUGGUCAUGUUCGACAUAAGAAUCUAGUGCGCCUUCUGGGAUACUGCAUAGAGGGUAUUCACAGAAUGCUUGUGUAUGAGUAUGUGAACAAUGGCAACUUAGAGCAGUGGCUUCACGGAGCUAUGCGUCAACAGGGCUCCCUUAGUUGGGAAGCUCGCAUGAAGGUUAUCCUUGGGACUGCUAAGGCGCUUGCUUAUCUGCAUGAAGCAAUAGAACCAAAAGUUGUUCAUCGUGACAUAAAAUCGAGCAAUAUCUUGAUCGAUGAGGAAUUCAAUGCCAAGGUUUCCGAUUUUGGAUUGGCCAAACUUUUGGGUUCAGGAAAAAGUCACAUCACUACCAGAGUAAUGGGGACAUUUGGGUAUGUGGCACCUGAAUAUGCAAAUACUGGCUUGUUAAAUGAGAAGAGUGAUGUCUACAGUUUUGGUGUCCUGCUGCUAGAAGCAGUCACAGGUAGGGAUCCUGUGGACUAUAGUCGGCCUGCAAAUGAGGUCAAUCUUGUUGAGUGGCUCAAGAUGAUGGUGGGCACUAGGAGAGCAGAGGAAGUUGUUGAUCCAAACCUUGAAGUUAAACCCUCAACCCGGGCUCUAAAACGUGCCCUUCUGGUUGCAUUGAGAUGUGUUGAUCCUGACUCAGAGAAAAGACCUAAAAUGGGUCAGGUUGUUCGAAUGCUCGAAGCUGAUGAAUUUCCAUCUCGUGAGGAUCGGAAGAACAGGAGGAGCCGAACAAUUAGCAUGGAAAUUGAAUCCAUGAGGGAGAAUUCUGGUUCGACUGACAUGGGAAGCAAGGUAGGAGCAACAGAGAGUGAAACAUCAGAGAUAUAUCAUGGGCAAGACUGACACUCACAACAAGACCUGAGUGAUAUAGUCUACACCAAUGAGAUUUGAAGCCUUCUUUAAAUUAAUUGAAAGUCACCAAUACAAAGUAUAGAGUUUGUUAAAAAAAUGCCUUGAUAGAGCUAUCCGAUUGAGGAUUACCCUUCUGGUAUCUUAAAAUUGUUGUUAUUACAAUCCA